AUGGGCAACACAAAGUCUCGACACCAACAACAACAGCAACAAGGCCAAUAUUAUCAAAAGUCAUCCAAGAAUGGAACAGGGCAGGACCGCGUACGAGCCAGCAAAUACAUGAAUACCAGCAGCAGCAAUCGUCAACAACAGCAAUACAACAACCAGCAGCAACAGUCACCGCUUCUGAAUGACAGUGGGCAUUAUUCUAUCCACGGGUUCAUAGCGUCGCCUUCUUCGCCUAUCGAUCGGGCAGAUACUCCUACUCCGAACGCUCCUGGAGGUGGUCUUGGCUGGAAUCAUCCCAACUUAUCAAGUCCGGGACGAUUGGACCAGACUAAGAAGCCCUCGGACUCGAGUCUUCACUAUCAGUUCCAACACGGCGCUCGCAACAACAACAAUAGCGGCAACAGUAAAGGAGUAGGGAGUGGUCAUCCUUCAGGUCCACCUGCAGGAGCGGGAGGCGGAACAAGUCGACUGAGUGGGGGAAAUCGUAUUUCAGGAACAAUGCCUAGGACAUCAGCAGCUCUGGGUCACGACGUUCUCAACGACGGGUAUGGCUAUGACAGCAACAAUUAUCAAAGCUAUUCCAACAACAACAAUACGACAAGUGGUCAGGAGAUGAUGUCGAUGGGAAUGCAUUCCUCUUCACAACAACAACAACAGCAACAGACAAUGUACAACAAUCUCCAGCAACAACCACAACAGGGUCCAGACCAAAAGUCCCUGUCGAUCCCCCCUCACCACCUCCCGACCAACGGCAGGGUGUCUCAGCAGCAACACCAUUACCCCACCGACCACGCGACCACAGGAAUGAGAAACUCUGUCUCGAUCCCCAACAACGUCGCAGCCCCCUAUACCGAAGAAGUCAUCAUGGCCUCGUCUAUCGCUGCCAUGAACUUGACCGACCGACAACAACAACAACAACAACAACCGCAGCAGCUAAAUAUGCGAACCCAGAAUCAAUACCAGGACCACCAGCAGCGCAACUCGACGGCCAUGCCACCAUAUCACUAUCAGCAGGGGUCGGCUAACAACAGUCGGCAGGGCAGUUUGCUGAACGCUCAAGGCGUCAGUCCAACUCCUCUCGUCGUACGGAACGAGCCAUUCUCAAAAAUGGACCUGCAGCAACAGCAACAACAACAACAACAACAACAACAGCAGCAGCAGCAGUACUACAUUCAGAACGACGCCGUGCAUUACACACACCAAGACUCGACAGCCUACCCGCCAAAACAACAACAACAGUACUACCAACAGCAGCAACAACCCCGCCUAACCACCACAUACCCCGCAGAACCACAACGCGAACGCAUCUCUAUUAACAACGGACCCAAUACCACAACAACACCAAAACCAUCGGCUUUCUUGGCAAGUGCAGGACCACUCAUCGACGUGGGGCCUUCCUCUUCUUCACAACGCCCACCCACAGUCGAUCAAGUCUUUGCCCGUCUGGCAAGACAGUUCCCGACCAACCCACGCGAAACCGAGAAGCGGGAACGGAUCUAUCGCUGGUUGGGCCAUAUUAUCGAGUCGCUUACGUUUAACCCUGACACCGAGACGCCUGGCUUUAUUAUACCCGUCUACCCUGACGAACUUGACCACCCCGAAUCGCCGUUUUAUGUUCACAGGAUCACAUAUGAACUGGACCUGAUGGCACCGAUUUCAAAGCCCUUCCGCAAGGCCAUCGAUAUCAACUGUGCCUCUGGCGACUGGGCCAUGGAUAUGGCGAUCAAACACCCAAGGACAUUGGUCUAUGCUCUGGACUCUCUACUGGACACAACACAUUUGCCGCUCCGGAUCCCCGAGAACUGCAAGUUCCGCAUGCGUGACGCUCGCGACCAGGAAGGCGAGUUUGACCUUGUUCACCAGCGACUGGGUGCGUUCAGGACACCCAUUCAGGAAUGGACACCCCACUUUGCUGAAAUGCGUCGACUCACUCGUCCUGGUGGAUGGAUCCAGAUGGCAGAAUCCGAUGGGAUGGUCGUCCGUGCAGGACUCGAGACUGCAAAAGUCAACCGGUGGGUCGAACAGGCCGCUCUGAGCUCUGGACUUAACCCUCCACAGCUGAUGGGUGCCCUCAUGCCGACUGUCUUGGGCGCUGGAUUGAUCAAUGUGGAGUGCUACGAUUAUAGUAUCCCUCUGGGAGAGUGGGCAGGAUUGAGGGGUCAGGUGGCGAUGAGGUCGUAUCUAGAGAUGGUCCAGUCGUUGAAGGAGGAGAUUAUUGACAUGAACCGGUUAGAGGAAGGGUACUUUGAGGAGACGAUGGAGAUGAUGAAGAUGGAGUGUCAGGAUGAGAAGGCAGAGUUGAUCAUGAGGGUUAUUUGUGCCCAGAAGCCGCCUGUUACUGACGAUCUCUGGCGGACAACUCGUUAA